AUGGCAUCCAAAGCCUCCCUUGCGCCUAAAUCGUCCUACUGGUUUGAUCCGCCCACGCCUAUGACUGGCGAUGUAUUGAUUCCGCCAGUCCCACCCUUGCCUUCAUCUUACCGUGAAUCAUCAUCACCCGCUGACGCCCUAAGCUCUGAUCCUGACCCUUUCCGAUACGCCUGCUGGAUGUUGACAAUUUGGGUGUUCUCCCUGCCAUAUAUUCUGUCUUUCAUUGGAAAUGGCUUCGUAUCUUCCGCCACACCAUUUCUUCUUGCCCUCUCUGUCACGCUGUCUUCGCCUCUCCUUGCCAUCCAUGAACAUCAUUAUGCGCUCACCGAUCCCCAUCCCGACUGGUCUCUUCGAGGUUCAUGGGAACCUCCCUCGGUCUGCAUGCGCGCACCCUCUCCGGUUGUCACUCUCGCCGACUUCAACCGCGAGUACAAGCGGUCUGGGUCAGUCACUGUUGUUGAAGGGAGACGCUCUGGAGAUGUCUGGAUCUCACAAGGGGACGCCGUAGAAGGGAAAAGCAAGAUUAGCCGGGCACUUGGUCUCAUGACCCCCGUCCCGCGCCUAGCUGUACUUCCUCCUAACGAGGAGAAGGAAGAUGGAGAGAUGACGCCCCCUCUACCCAUGCAGACUGAGCCCGACUCAUUCAAUAGUUCUGUCUUCCCCAACACCCCCCAGUCUGCUGAAUUCGGGAGAAUGAGAAAGAUGUCGGUUCAAUCGAGGAUUUCAGGCGAUGAAUUCGCCUCGAGAAUUAUGAUUGCUCAGAGGCAUUAUUCUGCUCUAGCAACUACGGUGGUUGUCCCUGCAUCACCGGAGAAGCAAGAGGGUGACUUGCUCACUGUAACCACUGGCGUUGUUGUUGAGAAGAGGAAUUCGGUCCUUGCUAGUUCUUCGCACCUCCGCUCCCGCUCCGUUUCCUCGAUCAUCGGUCAGGCGAUCAGCACAGACUCCAGUCCCAGCCCACCUCCGUCUCAACCACUUCCUCCCACACCUCCUAAUGUUCGUCUUGCUAAGCAACAAUCGACGCGUACUCUCAUCCACAGGAAGUCAUAUUCAUCUGGUUUUAGUUUCGGCGCCCUCGUCAAUGUCGAUAUUAACGAGAUCGAUGUGCUCACGGCUGGUGUUCUGCCGCUUCUUGUACCCGGUUGGAAGGUUAAAAGUGAUAUGAAGAUCAAGGAUUUCGAGUUUGAAUUCGACCCCCAAAUCAGCAGCACUGUGACGAAGAAGAACUGCCUGCCAACCUCUCGAAUCCAGAAGGAUAAUGGCGACUUUGUGGAAAGGACUGCGCAGGAUUCGACAUCCACCAAUGGCAAGGUCAGGCCUGAGAAGGCGUCUACGCACAAGAGACAUCACUUGAGUCUUCCAAGUCUCGGUCUUGGCAAGGAUACAACCAACUCUUUGAAAUCCGAGAUAAGUCGUGCACUUGCCACGAGGACUGGUGGGUGUGCCUCUGUAAAUGAUGGAAGGCGCAACACGGUCUGGGGGGACGAAUCAGUUCCCAACCUUCUUGCACAUCCCCCUGUGAAUGAUGACAAAGAGCCUGCUCAGAAUGGCGUCUCCCUCGGCCGCUCGAUAUCUACUCGCAAUCUUGGUCUUCGUGUCGACAUUCCUCACGGCAUGGACAGUGCACGUACUUCCGUCGCUACCCUUGUACUUCCUCCGCCAUCCGCUGCGUCCACAGUCACCCUCUUCGACCCUAUGGCCGAAUUUGAUCCUACUUGCCAAAGUACGCCGAACGAAAAAGAAUAUCAAUUCACACGAAAAUACCAAGCCACUGUUAUGCCUCGCUCUCAACCGACUCUGAAACGUUCAAGCAUUGUCUAUAUCAGAUCAUCCGAAGAACAUUCACAAGCACCAACAGAACCAGAAGCCCGACCGCCCACCGAACAAACUAGCACUGAUGACAUCUCACGACGCACGCUCACGCAGUGGUCCUCCCGGGUGGUGAAACCACUUAUUCCCAAGUCUAGCAAGCAGCGCAAGGACGUCACUGAGCCUGCAGUGAAGUCGAGCUCGAAUUCCCUUCGCACUCUUUCCCUCCUUAAAGAUCGUAAUUCGAAUAGUGCUGGUGAUGUCGCCGGUAACGGGUUCGCAGGUACACGACCGCUUGUUCUUGGAAAGAAGAAAUCAAGGACAGUGAAAGAGCACGACGAGAAUGUUGCUCCCCGUGCUGGUUCUAUGAACAAGCACCUGAAGCCGCUAAAACUUAGCCGGACGGAGACAUGGCUGUUUACGCUUUCCCCUUGA